AUGUUUAAAGACUACUAUUCGAAGAUAAUUGGUUUACUAAGAAAAAAUGAGUUCGAUGUUAAACCUUUGAAUAAGCUCCCCAAAUAUUCUACUGUUCUAGUUUCUUUCGAAAAAUACUCUUUUUAUCUCUUCAUCUGGUAUGAAAAAAUCAAAAAUAAACAGGAUUAUCUAGAUUUAUAUAAAGCAAUUCAAGAUUAUAAACGUCCAGAUAAUCCUAUACAUACUGGUAAUAGUCGAAUUAACUUUUUUAAAGAAGAUCAUGUAAUUGUAUGUAGAUCUCUAGACAGUAAAAAACGUUGUAAAAUAGAAGAAUAUGCAGACGCAGACAAAGAAUUUAAAUUUCAUUAUUGUGAAAAAGAUGAAAUUAUUAAGCAUAUUAUAGAAUAUUUUUUCUAUCAAUAUGCGAUAUCUAAAGAAAUGAACAUAGGAGUAACUAAUUUAUUUGCAAAAUUUAUGAUAAAUAAUAUGAAAAAAAUUACAUCAUUUGAUGAUUAUUGUAAAAAGUUUGCUACUUCAUUUUUAAUGUAA